UAUGUUUUAGGUAUGCAAAAUACUCUAACUUGGUUGCGCAGUCAGCCUGGUAAAAAGGCAUCCUUUUAGAGGGAGUUCUAUUAUGACCGUGUACGGGGCAUGCGCGUUUCUCCAAGGCCAGUUUCCAUAGCAGUGGUCGCACCGCGAGAUAAGUUCUCCAACUUAUGAUGAUUGACUGACACCCACCGUGCGAGCUCCUUUGAUAUGGAUCUUACUAUGGACUUACUGUGCUUUUCGUUUUUUAACGCCAUCCGACAAAAAUGAGCUGUUUUGGGCGGGGGCUGAGGCGGACGGCCCCUGCACGCGGCAGCAGCAGGAAUGAGCUGGUGACCCCCUCGACGGCAUCUCUAACCAGGGUUAACGGCUGGGCCUGUCCCCCUCACUCCUUCCAGCUGGUGGGAUGGACAAUAUACAGCUACAUGGCUGUAGUUGGCUUUGGGAUCUAUAUCCCACUACUACCUUCACCCUGGAGCCACAUGGCCUACUCUCUGACUGGCAUAGCCUUCAUUGUGCACCUGGUCACCCAUCUAGCUGCCGUGUCUAUAGACCCCGCAGAGGCAGGCGUCCGUGCCAAGAAGAGCUACUCCAACCCACUGCCUGUCUUCGACAAGAAGAAACAACCACAUGUUAUCCACAACCUACACUGCUACCUGUGUAAAAUCAAUGUGGACCCAAAAGUGAAACACUGUGGUGUGUGCAACAAGUGUAUUGAAGACUUUGACCACCACUGUAAAUGGCUGAACAACUGUGUGGGGGGACAGAACUACUGGUACUUCUUUGUGACGGUGUUGUCUGCUACACUGGGCGUCCUUGUGCUUCUCAUGGUCGUCCUGUUCAUCUGCAUCCAGCAUUAUAUGGACCCUGCCAGUCUCCGCACCGCACCACAGUUUACCAGUGUGAUGAGUAACGGGACGUGGCUGGUCUUCCUACCCCUGGCACCCAUGGAGACAGGGUCAGGGAGUCUCCUGGUUGUCGCCUUCCUCACGGUCAUGUUGGCUACUGGCUCUCUACUGCUGCUGGUUCACCUACUGGGCUUCCACAUCUAUCUCUUGUUAAACCAAAUGAGCACGUAUGACUACAUUAUAACAAGACGUCGUAAACAGACCAGCCAGCAGGACGUAGAGAUGGGCUUUCCCCAGUCAUCUGACAGCAACGCAGGACAGAAUCAUCCACAAAUGGAGCCCUCCAUCGAUUGUGAUGCGUUGUUGUCAGACAGUGUCAGCUGCAAGAAUCAGGAAACAGGAACCAUUUCAAGUCGACCUUCUGGAUCUUUCUGUACUGAGUUGGACAACUUUACUAAAUCAUCAGAAAAGGAAAAUGGCUUUUACUAUGGCACAGAGCUACCCACCCAGAUUAUACCAGGUGAAGUGGUGAUGGAUGACCCCUUGGGCUGGAGGUCGGGUGGAGGUGGAGAGGGCCCCAGAGCAGGCCCGUGUGAGGGUGUCCCCUGCACUGACAGAGCUCAUCAGUAGCUGGUCUCUGAUGCUCUGCAGGUGGCCACACACAGUACCUGAGGAACUAAAGGCAUUGACACGCCAUAGUGAACGUCGGCCGUGUGCAGUACAGUAGAUCACCUACUGGAUGUUGACUAACUGUGGUCGAUACAACAUGUCAAAUCUUUGGGAAAUGAACAAAAAAUGACUGUUGAUGUUGUCUGGUCAGAAGCCAUGGAAUCGUCCACGGCAGCAGUAUUGACCCAGCACAGCACCGGGGAACAAAUAGAAUGUUCAUGCUGGAUUGAAGCCACCGUGAUGCGUCCAACGGACCUGCUGCUGUUGCCUAUGACGAUCACCACUUGAAACUGGAAAUGGACAUUUAUAAUUUACACUGGAUAUUUACACUGAGUGAUAGGAAGGACAUUUAUUUUGCAGCAAUUUUAUGUAUUUUAUCUGGGGAUUUAAAUAAUUGUUUUACCUAUGUUUUAUUUGUUAAUUUAGCCAUUUCAGAUCAUAAUGUUCUUGCCUGAAUUUUUAAAUAAAAUGUGUAAACAUA